AUGCAAGUUGCAUACUGGAACCAGAGAUUGAAAGAAAGAUGGAUCUCUACAGGGGAUCUCCCUACCUCUUUACUCUACUCAAGGGUGAAGGUUAGACAAAAGAGAAACCAGAUUUUGACACUAAAGAAUGUAGAUGGAAACUGGGAGGAGGACUCGAUAACAAUAAAAAAUUUGGUGGUGGACUCAAUGAAAAAAGUGCUUUGUACUUCUCAAUCGUUACACCAAGGUAAUGACACGACAAUGGUGUUGAGGGAGUUAGAUAUCCCAAAGAUGUUACCUUCACAACUCGCCCAUUUGGACAAAGAUUUUACUGACGAGGAGAUAAGGAGAGCGAUGUUUAGCCUCAAUGGAUCAAAAUCUCGGGGCCAGAUGGGUAUGCAUUGGGUUAAUAGAGACACAAUUCAACUUCCUAAGGGUAUGGGAGGAUUAGGAUUGCGCAAUUUGGUUUGCUUGAAUAGUGCUCUUCUUAUGAAACAGGGGUGUGGAUGGAAGUUUGGGAAUGGGGAAACAAUUAUGGCUACGAAAAAUAGGUGGAUGGAAGGGAAGAUAUCGACAACGCACUCUUUGGAUACGACGAGCGAGAUUUGGAAUUGGAAGCCUAGGGAUUUGUUAGACCAAGAUGGUACAGGGUGGAAUCACAGAAGACUCAAUUCUUGUUUUAAUCUAAGGGAUGCGACUCUUAUAGCAUCAAUGGAAGUGCCAGUGACGGAGGUAUACGACUACAUGUACUGGUUAGAUCAUAAGUCUGACCGUUAUACGGUUAAAACGGGUUAUGCUUUUGUUAAAGGUUUGGAGUCUUGGAUAGGAAAUGGGGCGGUUUUGGAGUUUUAUAAAGUUUUCUGGGCUCUCCAUAUACUUCCCAAAUGGAAACUUUUUGUGUGGAAAUUACUCCAUAAUGGUUUGGCGACAAGAGGUAACCUGGGUAGAAGAGGGUUGGAUAUUCAAGUUUACUGUGAUCUUUGUGAGGAUUGGAGGAAUAUAUGCAACAUAUGUUCAGGUUUUUAUACGAAGCCAAAAGAUAUUUGGAGGGGUGGAAUACUAGGCAUCCACUUAGAAGAUAAUGCAGACCAAUCCUUUGUAGAUUGGUUUCUGUACUAUAUCCAGCUUUACCUUAGCUUGGAUAGGAAACAAGGCCAUAGGAUUACCUUCUUCUUAGCCACUUUGUGGGGUUUGUGGAACGCUAGGAAUAACAGGGUUUUUAGGAGAUCAAGGUUGAAUGUGUAG